AUGUCGACCUUUGCGAAAGCCAUCUCUCCUGCGGUCAGGGAAAUCCGUAUUCUCUGCUGCCAGACGGGCGCGCCGUCGGCGGGCACUCGGCAAUUCAUCACCUCCCACUACCCGACGCUCAAGCAGCACAACCCGGACCUCCCCAUUCUUAUCCGUCAGGCGAAGGGAACUCCCGCAAGGAUAUUUGCGCGGUUUGAGCAGGGGCAGGAGAAGCAUGUAGAGGUCGAGGGCCUCUCGUCUUCGGACGUGGCGACGAGGAUCUCUCAGCUGUUGAACCUCUCAUAG